AUGUCUAAAUCUCAAAAUGAGUGUACAGCCACUGUUAUGGUCGAGGAGCAAGAAGAAAAUACUAGUAAUAUAGCUUCUGCUAAUCUGGAACCAGUUCCAAAUACUUUCGAAGUGCGACAAGACAUAUCACCCGCAAUCGCUAAGCCAAAUAGCUCUGUUCAGCGAAUAGUUUUAAACGCAAGUCCUGAGAUGAUUACAAGAAGUCCUAAAAAAUUAUUUGCUACUGCUUCAGUAGCAGUAAUUAAAAAAAUGUCAGAACAAUUCCCUCCAAAAAGCGAUUUGCCAGAUCUGACUCCAACAUGUAUUUUAAAGCAAAUAUCGCCAGUUCCACAAAAAAUUAUUGAAGUACGCAAACGUGCUAAACAAGUAAGCAUGCUUUUAACCUCAGAGAAUUACAUCAAAACAAGAAAAUUUAAGGAAGCGCUUAAAAAAUAG